AUGCACUGCUUGCAGCCACAGCUUUGGCUCAGCAGAACCGCUGCUGUAUUGCGUGUGCCGACCUGCAGCUUGAACUGAACUAGCUUUGUGUCUACACAGUAAAUCGCUCUGCUUACAUUGAUACUGCCUUCGGUGCGCCAAGCUUUGUCACUGCAAACAACGUGUCGCCGGGGAGCGCCGCCCUCAAAAGUAUUUCAAUGCGCUUGGGCCGCUUAGGGAGGCUUCAAAAUCAGAAGUCGCGCUACGGAAGCCAUAGUCGGAGGACUAGGCCAGUAAUUCAGGCCAAGACCACGAUGACGAACAUGGACGCUCCUUCCACCAGCAAUGGCACCAGCACGAGCGCGCAGGACGCCGCAGCUCAAAAACAGCCCGUCCGCCGCGCGCCGCUGGGGAUAGACACCAUUAACAAGCGCGUUAUCAAAUCGGAGUAUGCUGUGCGCGGAGAGAUCGUGCAGCUGGCCCAGAAGAUCGCCAAGGAGGUCGAAAGUGGGCAGCACAACCACCCGUUCGACAAGGUGGUGUGGUGCAACAUCGGCAACCCGCAGAUUCUGGGCCAGAAGCCCAUCACCUACUUUCGCCAGGUCCUGGCGCUGUGCGAGUGCCCGCAGCUGCUGAGCCACCCCAACAUCCGGGAGCUGUUCCCCGAGGACGUCAUCGCGCGCGCGCAGCUGCUGACCAAGCAGAUCCCCGGCGGCCUGGGCGCCUACAGUGAGAGCGCGGGCGCGCUGAUCAUUCGGCAGCUGGUCGCCGCCUCCAUCACCAAGCGCGACGGCUACCCCGCCGACCCCGACAACAUCUACAUGACCGACGGCGCCUCGCCCGCGGUGCACUACAUGAUGGACCUGCUGCUGCGGGAGCCGACGGACGCCAUGAUGGUGCCCAUCCCGCAGUACCCGCUGUACAGCGCCACACUCACGCUGUACGGCGGCACGCUGGCGCCGUACCUGCUGGACGAGGGCGCGGGCUGGGGGCUGGACGUGGAGCACCUGCGGCUGCAGCUGGCCAAGGCGCGGCGGGAGGGGCUGUGCGUGCGGGCCAUGGUGGUCAUCAACCCCGGCAACCCCACCGGCCAGUGCCUGAGCUACCAGAACAUGCGCGACGUGCUGACCUUCUGCCGCGACGAGCAGCUGGUGCUCAUCGCGGACGAGGUGUACCAGGCCAACAUCUAUGUGGGCAACAAGGAGUUCUUCAGCUUCAAGAAGGUGGCGUGCGCCAUGGGGCUGGAGGACCAGGUGCCGCUGGUGUCGCUGCACUCCAUCAGCAAGGGCUUCAUCGGCGAGUGCGGGCGGCGCGGCGGCUACAUGGAGGUGACGGGCUUCCCCGAGCCCGUCAAGGACCAGAUCCUCAAGCUGGCCUCCAUCAACCUGUGCCCCAACCUGUCCGGACAGAUCUGCUGCGCGCUCAUGAUGAACCCGCCGCAGCCUGGAGAGGCCUCCUACGAGCUGUACCGGAAGGAGAAGUCCGACAUCCUGGGCUCCCUCAAGCGCCGCGCCGAGCUGCUGGUGGGCGCCCUGAACCGGCUGGAGGGCGUGUCGUGCAAUGCGGCGGAGGGCGCGCUGUACGCCUUCCCGCGCGUGACGCUGCCCGAGGCGGCCGUGGCGGCGGCCAAGAAGCUAGGCAAGCAGCCCGACUGGCUGUACUGCAAGGAGCUGCUGGAGGCUACGGGCAUUGUGGUGGUGCCCGGCAGCGGCUUCGGCCAGGCGGACGGCACCUUCCACUUCCGCACCACCUUCCUGCCCUCGGAGGAAGACAUCGGCCGCGUGGUGGAGGCGCUGUCCGCCUUCCACGCCGCCUUCCUCAAGCGCCACGGCGGCCUCACCACCGCCGCGGUGGCCGCCUCGGCCGCCGCCGCCAACGGCACGCACGCCGGGCAGUGAGGCACAGGCGGGGGCGGGGGCGGCGGCCAGGAGGGGUGGCCGCCAGGAGACAAGGUCAAAGGGCAGGAGGAGCAGGAGCAGGAGGAGGAGGAGGAGGAGGAGGAGGAGGAGCAGGAGGAGGAGCAGGAGGAGGAGCAGGAGGAGGAGGAGGAGGAGGAGGAGGAGGAGGAGGAGCAGUGCCAUGAGACAGGGGUGGAAGCUCGGCGGCCUUGGGGGAGUUGAGAAUUGUUGAGGGAGGAAAGGGCGUGACAGUGCCUGUGACACGCUUGCACCACGCUUGCAAUGGCAUGCGCACUUCUUUGGGGUUGGGGGGAGAACUGGAGUCGAAACUCUUUUCGUCCGUGUGCGAACUGCCGAUUGCAGUAUCGGUUUUUGUUGUUGUUUUGCAUUCUUACGCCGAAAGGGCAGCACCGAUGCACGCGUGUUCGUAUGCCCUGUGUUUUGUGAACCGCCUCGGGAACGCAAGAUUGGCGCGCGUAUGCGCGGGCGAUUGCCAGCAGUGAGGCAGGUUCAAAUGGAAAAUAGAUGCCUUGCAGGCGGUGGCCACUGAUGCCCGGCGCUGUGACCCUCGUAGGUGUGGUGUCAGCCGUAGCAAAUGGGCGUGGCAGGGGAGCAAAGGCGGCGAGUCAUGUGGGGAGUCGGGGCACGCGGGCGGGCCAUGGCAAACACAACUUGACGGCAGGUUGUGAGGCGGGCUGCGCCAAGGGGGGCAGUCAUAGGCAGCAGGGGAUCUCCUGGCCAUCAGUGCGCGGGGGCUGGCGGUCCUGCGUUCCCAGGUAUGUGUUCGAGUGCAAGGGCGGGCAUUGUUGGGCAUUGGCACAGGUUGCGAGGAGGCGGGAGGUUGUGUUGAGAGGAGGGUUGCGGGGUGACGGCGGGGACAGUCAAGGCAGGGUAGGGGCGGCCGGCGUUGGCCCGGCGGCCGACGAGAUUCAUGCUGGGGCUGCUGAUGCGAUGCGUGUGUCUGUAAGUUGUGCAAGUCACCGCCCUUGGGGUUACCAAGCAGCAGCAGCUGAGUGGUCGUCUGUUCUAGGCGCGAACUCAACACAUCGCUUCGGCGUGUGGGGACGCCGCGUUGGCGAGAGCCACGGAUGGCCCGAAUCCACCGUGGGGGCAUGUCGCACCCAUGGAGGGCACUGUAAUUGUGUAUUGCGCUUGCCCUGUGACUGCUGACAGUCCGAGUUACAAUUGAAGGGACAAGCGGGGGCACGGUUAUCGUGGCUGCGCAUAACCACCCCUGCGCAUAACUUUGCAAGACGCUAGAGGCGAAGGAAUUGGAGGUUCGAGGAUCCGGUCGCGUUCGAAGCGUUACCAAACCUGCGCUAACAUCAUUAAUAACA